AUGAUGUUAUUUGCCUUUACGUCUUCUGCGCUUGUCAUCACCCUUCUUGUUCUUAGUACUCGCGACACCAAAGCUUCCUGCCUACCCUGUCAGCCUCCCUCCAAACGAGUGAACAUUGCUCGAGGCGCUUCCAUCCCCAUAUCCCGCCGCGGCGUUUGGAGCCCGAAGAUCACAAGUCCCACCCUUGGCACGGUUUGGACAGGGAACGAAAACGUUCGUGUUACGUGGAAUGCCACCAGUCCGCCGAGCGAUAUUACCAACCCCAAUGGGAAGCUAGUCCUAGGCUAUGUCGAGGAUGGCAGCGACAACGAGCACCUUCAGUUGGAUCCCCCGCUGGCUGCCGGAUUUGACAUUCGGAAUGGAUUCGUCGACUUCAAGGUACCUCAAGUCGAGGAUCGCAAUGACUAUAUCGUUGUUUUAUUUGGCGAUUCUGGAAAUCGUAGCCCCGCCUUCACCAUCAAGAGUAACCCCAGUUGA